CGAGGCUGCGUCGCGUCAACUGCAGGGGGCAGCAGAGAGCAGCUGAACACUGAGAUGCUGCUAUAGGUGGACGAAGAAGAGACGUCAACAGGAAGAAGGAAGAGCGCUGCUGCACUAAGGCGUCCAGCAUGGCAGGGAGACGGGCUCUGAAGGCCGUGCUCAUAGACCUCAGUGGAACUCUACACAUAGAGGACACUGCGGUGCCCGGGGCGCAGGACGCCCUCAACAGGUUACGGCAGGCAUCUGUCGCCGUGAAGUUUGUGACCAACACGACAAAGGAAUGUAAGAGGAUCUUACUGGAGCGACUGCAACAACUCAACUUUGAUAUCCAGGAAAAAGAAAUCUUCACGUCUCUGAGUGCAGCGAGGAGUCUGUUGGAGCAGAAACAGCACAGGCCGCUGCUGCUGGUGGAGGACAGCGCUCUGGAAGACUUCACUGGCAUCGACACUUCAGAGCCAGACGCGGUCGUCAUCGGACUCGCUCCGGAUCACUUCAACUACCAAACUCUCAACAGGGCUUUCAGAAUGAUUUUGGAUGGAGCUCCUCUUAUUGCCAUUCAUAAGGCUCGUUACUACAAACGCAAAGACGGUUUGGCUCUUGGCCCCGGACCCUUUGUGACGGGCUUGGAGUACGCCGCAGACUGUAAAGCUACAGUGGUGGGAAAGCCUGAAAAGGCGUUUUUCACACAGGCCUUGUCUGAUUUAGGAUGUAGCCCCAGUGAAGCUGUCAUGAUCGGAGAUGACGCCAGAGACGAUGUAGGGGGGGCUCAGAAUGCAGGAAUGUUGGGUAUUCUCGUCAGAACAGGAAAAUACAGAGACGGCGAUGAAAAGAAAACGGACCCCCCUCCUUACCUGACAUGCAACAGCUUCCCCGACGCCGUUGAACACAUCCUGCAGAAUCUGCUAUAAGCUACAAUCGUCUCCUACACUCCCGUUUCAUUUGCACAAAUCAUCAAUCGCAGCUUUUCCCUCCCCACAAAAAGUUGCUGCAGGAACAUUUUGGAAAAUGAUAUUAAAGCUAACACAUGCUGAUUGAUUUAAAAAAAACAACAACAUUUGUAACCUCAGAAAAGAAAUGUUUAGUUGGAACAUUUUGCUCUGUCUAACUGUUUAAAAUAAAUACUGUAAAUGUAAGCGUACUACAUGUAGAGGUCUUAUAAAGCAAUGGUGGCUCUAAAGAAUGA